GAUGAUUGGACAGGCAAUUGUGAUAUUUUCUAACCGACCUAGCCUGUUUUUUGAAAGUCCUUUAGCGCAGAGAAGUCUAGACUGGUGGACUGGUCAGAAACUUUACAAUGGUCCACCCAACAUCUGCUUGAAGAAACCGGGCAAUUGUCACGUGAUCAAAACAACAUGGCGGCGCCCAGUGGCACGUUUUGGGCCGGGAGUACAAAUCAUGAUUUUUUCAUAUAAUUCACUAAUAGUUCAUACUCUAAACGUUUCCUGGCGAAUCUAAGUAAACUAUAAGUUCUCUAUUUCAAGUAGUCUAUUUAGAUAGAAGUCAAUAUCUUGAGACAAUUGCCAAAAUCUUGUGUGAAGAUUUGGUGUGGGGAGGGGGGCAGUUUGUUAUUGGGGACGGUUCACCACAGCACGAUCAAGGAUGGAUCCAAAAGUUCCAAAUGAAGAGAGUGGACAACCCGCGGAUACUGUAGAUAAAGCUGAACUUGUUCCAGCGAUUGACACCUCUGCAGACGACAGUUGUGUCUUACUCGCAGACGACAGCUGUAUCACAGUUGAGGACUCUUCCCAGUCUCAAGAGUCCAGUGUGAGUGACACUGUGUUACCGGAAACUCCGGACAACAUCGGUGGUCAGGAGCAAGGUAGCCAGGAAGGGGUGGGGAGAGGAGAGUCUGGACAAGGAACAAGUCAACCAGAUCCAAUGACUGAUGAAGGCAAAGAAGAACACUCGCAGGUGGAACAGGCAGGUGAUAGUUCGCAGGUGCAGGAAACCUCACAGCUGUCAGAGGGAGGUAUGCAGGUACAGCUGUCCAAUGAGAACCAGGAAAACAUGGAAUAUGACUACCCCACUCCUGUCUUUGACUUCAGCAAGACGCCAGUACAGGUGACUGGAGCAACGACAGAGUUUGGAGAAUUCUCCUCCAACUUUCUAAAAGGAUGCAAAUGGUCUCCAGACGGAUCCUGUAUCCUCACCAACAGUGAUGACAACACCCUAAGGCUCUUCAACCUGCCUGUACAGUUGUACCAAGGUCAGACAGAGGGGUUGACAGAACUGGUCAGUUAA